AUGGUAGAAAGCGAGCAGGCGCACCUGUACAAGUGCCCGGCGCUGCGCGAGAGCUGCGGCCUGUGCCUCAAGGCGGACCCGCGCUUCGAGUGCGGCUGGUGCGUGGCCGAGCGCCGCUGCUCGCUGCGCCCGCACUGCCCCGCGGACGCGCCGGCCGGCUGGAUGCACGCGCGCCACGGCAGCAGCCGCUGCGCCGACCCCAAGAUCCUCAAGCUGUCGCCGGAGACGGGGCCCCGGCAGGGGGGGACGCGGCUGACCAUCACGGGCGAGAACUUGGGGCUGCGCUUCGAGGACGUGCGGCUCGGGGUGCGCGUGGGCAAGGUGCUGUGCAGCCCGGUGGAGAGCGAGUACAUCAGCGCCGAGCAGAUCGUCUGCGAGAUUGGGGACGCCAGCACGGUGCGCGCGCACGACGCGCUCGUGGAGGUUUGCGUGCGGGACUGCUCGCCGCCCUACCGCGCCCUGUCGCCCAAGCGCUUCACCUUCGUGUCGCCCACCUUCUACCGCGUGAGCCCGUCGCGCGGGCCGCUGUCGGGGGGCACGUGGAUCGGCAUCGAGGGGAGCCACCUGAACGCGGGCAGCGACGUGGCCGUGUCCGUGGGUGGCCGGCCCUGCUCCUUCUCCUGUCCUGCCCCCAAAGAACUUCUCUUCUCUGAUUGGCUCACCCCGGCCCCGCCCCCUCAAGGGCCCCGCCCCCCGCGCUAUAAAAGCAGCAGCGCGGGGCGAGCUGCGCAGUCCGGGAGCCGCGCCCGGGCAGUCGGGUCGUGGGCGCUCGCUCGCUUCCCCGCGCUUUUCCCCCGGCUUUGGGGUCCGCUGCCCCCCGCGUCCCCCGCUGCCCGGGGCUCCCUUCUAGAAGGAUCCGCCAGCCGCUGCCGCGUUGGGCCGUGCGGGCCCCGGGGUGCGGCCAGAUCCCUCAUGGAGGGCCAGAGACCGUCCAAGCUGCCUCGACUCUCGGCCUCCAAUGAAGACGGUCACUCGGAGGAACCAGGGCGCUCUGCUUCGGACCGUGGAGGCCCGGAGGCCACCACCGGGGAGCCCCGCCGGCCCUCGAAGAAGCCCAUCGCGUACGUGAGGCCCAUGAUGAUGGAGACCCCGGCUUACAGAGAGGAACCCCGAGAAGGAACAGCCUCCACUGGAAGAGCCCGCCGUGCAGCUGGACGGCCAGGCAGCCCACCGGCCGAGCGACGGGGCCGGGGGGCGUCCGGCCGCCGCCGGGGGGCCAGGACGUCCGGCCGCCGCAGGGACCCCGAGAGACCGGCCACCCCGAAAGGGCUCUGCAUGGGCCGGCUCUUCCGCUUCUGGAAAGGGCUCUGCACGGGCCGGCUCUUCCGCUUCUGGAAAGGGCUCUGCAUGGGCCGGCUCUUCCGCUCCCGGAAAGGGCUCUGCAUGGGCCGGCUCUUCCGCUGCUGGAAAGGGCUCUGCAUGGGCCGGCUCUUCUGCUCCCGGAAAGGGCUCUGCAUGGGAUCGGCCUGGACGCUGCCCAGCAUGCUGCUGCUGCAGCCGCCACCAGGGGGCCCCGGAGCCCCGGGAGGCUGGCCGGAGGUGGCUCAGUUCCUGGAGCCCCUGCAGGCCCAAGCCCAGGGGUACGGGCCGGCCCUGUGUCCCUGCCUCAGCUUCAGGCCCGGGGCCGGCUCCUCUCAGCACGUCCCCCAGGCCUCCUUCUGCUCCUACCUGUCCGGGUCUCCUGUGUUCUUCUCCAUUGCCCAGUGA